AUGGCAUCUUUUGGCAGAGGAGAAGAUAUUACAGAAGAUAAAGUAGUAGAUACGUUGAGGAGAGCCAUCAAUUUCCACUCAACAUUACAGGCUUGUGAUGGUCACUGGCCAGGAGAUUAUGGUGGUACCUUGUUUCUAAUGCCUGGCUUGGUCAUUACCUUGUAUGUUACUGGGGCAUUAAAUGCUACUUUGUCAACAGAACACAAACGUGAGAUGUGCCGGUAUCUUUAUAAUCAUCAGAACAGAGAUGGUGGGUGGGGUUUACACAUAGAGGGCCCAAGCACCAUGUUCGGUUCCGUGUUGAACUAUGUUACUCUGAGGUUGCUUGGGGAAGAAGUGAAUUGUGGAGAUGGUGCAAUGGAUAAAGGACGAAAGUGGAUUCUGGAUCAUGGCGGUGCCACUGCAAUUACUUCCUGGGGAAAAAUGUGGCUCUCGGUACUUGGAGCAUUCGAAUGGUCUGGAAACAAUCCUCUGCCACCUGAGAUAUGGCUUCUCCCUUAUAUCUUUCCAAUCCAUCCAGGUCACUGAACCUCUAUGCUUGGCUU